CCCUGCUGCGGGCGCGGCGCUACCGGAUCAGAGCUUCCUGUGGAACGUCUUCCAGAGGAACCACCAAGUGGAGGAUCUCCCGGGAAUGCUUGUCUCAGGAGAGCAGAAACAUGGUUCCCCGCGCUGUUAAAAUGGCAGCAGCCAGAGAAGAAGCAGGGAGACCUGGCGUUUGCUUGGGGCGGAUGAUCUUUACGGCAACGCCUUCUUCCCGAGUCGUCCUUCCCCCGAAUGGACGGCGAAACUUGAGUGACUCAUGGCCAGGGAAUGACUUAAUUGGCUGAGGGAAUUUUUUCCUGCUUGUAAAAAAGAGAAUCUGGUGCAGGUGUGAAUUCAGACAGGCCAGGGAAGGAAGCAAGGGAAGGCUUGAGAUGGGGAUACAAAAUCGAAAAGAUGAUCCGCCUCUUAGGGGUUUUGGCACUUGGAGCAUUUCCUUUAUCCCCCAGCAGAAUGGAGGAGCGAAAGUGAAAGGUCUGCUAGAGAGAGCAUUCCAGAACCAGUGUAGCGUUGACAGAAGAGUUAAGCCUAUGUUUUCGAUUUCCUGCACUUUUAGUCAACAGCUUAACUGGUCUUCUUGAUUUUGUAGGGUUGAUAAAGACAGGAGUGGCGUGAUCUCGGACAACGAGCUCCAGCAGGCGCUGUCCAAUGGCACGUGGACUCCAUUUAACCCAGUGACUGUGCGGUCAAUCAUAUCUAUGUUUGACCGGGAGAACAAGGCCGGCGUGAACUUCAGCGAGUUCACGGGCGUGUGGAAGUACAUCACGGACUGGCAGAACGUCUUCCGCACCUACGACAGAGACAACUCGGGCAUGAUCGACAAGAACGAGCUCAAGCAAGCUCUCUCAGGUUUUGGCUACCGGCUCUCUGACCAGUUCCACGACAUCCUCAUUCGAAAGUUUGACCGACAAGGACGGGGGCAGAUCGCCUUUGACGACUUCAUCCAGGGCUGCAUCGUGCUCCAGAGGUUGACGGACAUAUUCCGACGCUACGACACGGACCAGGAUGGCUGGAUUCAGGUGUCUUACGAACAGUACCUGUCCAUGGUCUUCAGUAUUGUAUGACGCUGUCCUUCCGUGAGUAACAGCACGGCUUACAGAAAGAAGACCCAAAAUGCCAAAUCUCUCACCUUUCAUAGACAGAACAUGGACGCGGUUAGAUGCUGUUGCUGUUCCUCCUUUAAAUUUUACCGCGUGGGGACCCGGCUGUGCGUAAGUGGAUGAGCUGAUCAGCGUCUUUGCAACUGUGAUGGUGGCUCCAUCACUGUAACACGAACACUGGGCGUGGUGACUGUGUCAUCGUGCCAUGAGGUGAACGUAAUAAUGUUUCUGCUUGCUGAAGAAUGCAUCGUCUACUUUUCUAGAUAAUUCUGUAGUGAAAAUGCUUCAUUAGCCAAUAGAAGUUUUAAACUGACACGGAACUUGCCCAGAAGGCCUUUCACGUGCCUUACUUUUUUAAAAGGAGUUGAUUGUAUCAGGGGGUGUGCAGCACAAGCAAUAAAGUGCCCGGCACAGACUCGGGUGUACUUUUGGCUUCUCAAAUCGAGCAGGUCAGAGAAACCAGCCCUGUGGCGUCGUCCCAGGCCUUACCCCAGUGUUCACCACGUCAGGUGCGCUGGCUUCUUGGGAGGUCCCAGGGUUCUGGGGACACCUUCUAGAAGGUUCUUUAGCUCAGCCUGCGAGACUUUGCUUAUGAAAAUCCAAAAAGACUGUCCUGUCCUCGGCUACGGGAGUUAAAUUUUAUAAAACUCCUUUGUCUGCAUGAACAAAUCCAAAUUGGUUUAGUAGGUUGUGAAUUGCUGUGAUUUAUAAAUGAUCUAACCACACUACACUGCCAGUUUCUUAAUUACAGAUUUCAGACAAAACUAGAGCAGGCGGCACAGCUAGCCAUUUGUCUGUCACCAGCUCACUGUCACCCCACGGCUCUGCCUCCCUGACAUCUCCUGGCAUAGCCUGAAACGGCCUUCCAAGAAUAAAGUUGUGCUGCGGCUGCAGCUGA